ACUAGCUACCAUCCCAACUACCAUCUAAAGGUUCCGUGUUGAUUCCUACUUCUUUCCAUUAUAUAUAGAGAACACCUUCUUACUAUUUUUCUCAUCCUUCACUACCAAAUAUCACAUUUCAAUUCAUCUUGAAUUGAGUACAAUGGAUUCCAAAAAUGCAAUCCUCAUCCUUGGCCUAUUGGCCAUGCUUCUUGUUAUUUCCUCACAAGUGUCAGCUAGGGACUUAACUGAGGAGGUUGCUGAAAAGUCAAAUGAAGUAAAUGAUGCCAAAUAUGGACACUACGGUCAUGGUGGUGGAAGUUACCAUGGUGGUGGCGGCAGUUACCACGGUGGACAUGGUGGACAUGGAGGACAUGGUGGACAUGGUGGUGUUUCCAACAAUGAGGUUGUUGAAACUUCAAAUGAAGUAAAAGAUGCCAAAUAUGGACACUACGGUCAUGGUGGUGGUAGUUACCAUGGUGGUGGUGGCGGUUACCACGGUGGACAUGGAGGACAUGGUGGACAUGGUGGACACGGUGGUGCUUCAGACAAUGGAAACUGAUUAUAUCAUCAUACAUGAUGCACAUUCAAAGUAAUAAGUUUCAUGAAUGAAUAGUGUUUGGUGUAAAAUAAAAGAGGUAUCAUCUUUGUAUUUGUGGUGAAGAGUUUGAUUCGAGUGAAAGUGAUGAAUGUGUUAUCAUUUGUAAUAUAUCAAAUAUAUAUUAUUGUUGUUUGUA